AACAAAAAGAUUAAUUAAAAAAUAUAAGAAUAACAUAAAAAAGCUAAAAAAUAACAAAGUAAAUAUAAAUAAAAAAUGAGAAUCUGUAAAUGCAUGACAGGUCUAUACAAGCAGUUAAUAAUAAUAACUUAUAAUUUAUAGAAUAACCAAUAAUAAGUUCCAGCUACUUUAGUAAAGCAGCAAUACAACUGCUUUGUUAUUAAUAACAUUCUCAAAAUGACUGUAAAUUAGACAUUUAAAAGUGUUUAACCUUAUGAAUACUCUGAAUCAGUGUAUAUGUUUCCUCUUUCUGAAGACAUUUGCUUAGAAUCUUUCUCAGCCCAAUACUAAGAUAAAACUAUAAAGGGAGUUGUAAAAUCAAAAUUCAAUGCAUAAAAAGAGUAUCAAUAAAACAAGAGUGAAGGAAAUUUGGUUUCUUAUGCUGAAUUAACUACUUUAGACUAAGAUGAAUAUUUAAAGAUAAGCUUAGGAAAUUUACCACCUAAUGAAGAAGUUAAAAUAACUUUAACUUUUUCUUAAUAGCUCUAAACCUAUUUAAAUAAAUUUUAUCUUGUAAACAUUCCUAUUUCUUAAGUUGAUCAUGUUGAAAAUGAAGUAGAAGUAAAACUUGGAAAUAAUCUUCUCACGCUUAAUAUUUAAUGUACAGGUAAAAUAACUUCAAUGGAAGCUAUGGAUAAAAAGAAUCCAAUUGAAAAGAAAAUCAUAGAUGAAUUUAACACCUAAUUUUAGCUUUAAAAAUUAGAAAAAUAAUAAGAUCAUUACCAUUUCAAAGUAUUAUUUCAAUUUGAAGGAAUGUUUGAGCCUUAGGUAAUAUAUGGACACAGUAGUAUUUAUGAAGAAGAUAAAGUAAAAGAAUUUCUCAUCCCAUAAAGAGAAUCUAUUAUGGUUUCCUUCUUACCAGAUAUGAAUUAAAAACAAACUGAAGAACUAGAUGAUGCAAUUAAAGCUUCUUUAUAAAAUGGAGAAGAUUUCGUUACUGAACAAUUUGAAGAUAAAGUUAAUGAAGAAUUAAUUGAUCACUUAAAAUCCUCAAGAAGUGAAUACAUAUUUUUAAUUGAUAGAAGUGGAUCUAUGAGAGGUAAACCUCUCACUAAGGCUUUGGAGGCUUUGCAACUUUUCCUGUAAAGUUUACCCCCAGAUAGUUACUUUAACAUUGUUAGUUUUGGUUCCAAUUUCAAAAAAUUAUAUGAAAGAUCAUAGAAAUAUAAUAGCUAAACACUUAAAUUUGCUUGUAAUAAAAUUAAGGACUAUAGUGCUGAUAUGAACGGUACAGAUAUUUUAUCUCCAUUAAAUAAUAUCUUUUACUACGGCUAAAAUAUAAGAGGUUAUAAUAGACAAAUAUUUGUGCUUACAGACGGUGCAGUUUAAAAUCGCUAAUCUGUAGUUAGAGAAAUCAAAAGGAAUAAUAAGAAAAACAGAGUCCAUUUUAUAGGAUUUGGUUCUUCAGCUGAUAAAAUUCUUAUUCAAGAGAGCGCAAUUGCUGGAAAGGGAAUACACGAAAUGGUUUAAUUUGAAUAAGAUCUUUCAUCAAUUGUCAUUAAAAUCUUAUGUAAAACCAUCUCAGCAACUCUUGAUAAAUUUAAAGUUACCUUUGAUUAGCAAAUAUUUGAAUCAGUUUACCCUAAUCCUCAAAAUAUUCCUUUUAUAUUAAAAGAAGAAGUUUUUAAUUUGCAUUUCUUCCUUCAACCUCUUGUAAAGAUUAACGAAAUCCCCGAAGAAAAGAAAGUAAUUACUAUUUAAUAUUAUGAUUCUUCUAAGAGUUAAGAGGUAGUAAAAUAAAUCAAAUUGUAAAGUAGUGAUUCAUUUACUUGCAACUAAGAACUUAAAGAAUCAGUAUUUAAAUUAGGAAAGCUUUAAUAAAUAACAUUCUAAUCUGUGAAUAAUGAAAUAAGCCCUCAAUCAGCAGAACAGUAAGCUAUAGACUACUAAUUAAUUACUAAAGAUACAGCCUUGAUAUGUCUUAUCUAAAAAAUAGAUGAUUAAUAAAGAGCACAAUUUGAAUCUCUUCCUAAAGCAUAUUACAAUCCAGUGUAUGCUAUGUAAUAAUAUAUUUUGAAUCCUCCAUUUAAAUAUAGUUCUAAUAUGGUUUUUUCUUCUCCUCCUAAUUUUGCACCUAGGUCUGUUCGUGGAAUUCAACAGAACGAUAAUAUAUAUAUGGAAUGUAAGGGUAUCCCAUAAACAAGUAGCCUAUCUUAAACUCAAGCUGUUAAUAGACCUUAGAGUAGCCUUUCUUAUAUGAAAAAAGCUGCUUCUUCAGUCUAACCCAUAUUUAAUGAAUGUAAAGAAAAAGCUCCUUUAGUAUAACAGAAGAGUAAAGCUUAUUUUGAUGCAUCAAUGAGUAUUUAAAAAAUUGAUGAAAAUAAAAUUACAUUGAAUGCUAAAAAUGAAAAACCAUCAAUAGUUGUUGAAAGAAAAAAAGAAUCUUAAAAAUUAGAAAAUGUAAAAAUAGAUGAUCUUAAAUAGCAAGAUUCAAAAUACAUGAAGCUAGAGUAGCUCCUAAGUUUAGCUAGCUCAGAGGGAAUACUAAAUUACGACGAAAAAAUAGUUAAAUAGUUUAUUUCUUCUAAAUUAUAAGCAUUUACAAGUCUUGAUAAUGAGUUAAAAAAUAAAACAAUUCUUAUGACGAUUCUUUUUAUUUGUCUAUUGGAAAAGCUUUAUACUUAACAAAAGUAGAAGUGGAUUCUGAUUAGCAGAAAAUCAAUAUCAAGUGUGAAGGAAUAAAUCUCAUAAGAACAAUUUAAUAACUUAAAAUAAGUUAUUCUAAAUAUAAUAUAAGAGUGAAUGAUAUA